AUGGAGGCUCCAGGGGCGCAGCGGCGGGGCAAAGAGAGGGGGACUGAGGGAACAUCUCUGGAGGAACGCGAGCCCGGAGACGCAGUACCCCUCCCCGAGCAGCGCCGGGAACUAGGCUCCGGCUGCGCUCGUGAGCUCCCGUGGAAGUGGCGGGGCAGCCUCUCCAAGAGCCCAGAAGCGCCGUCCUCGGCCGCUCCCCGUCAGGCGCGAAGAGGAGGUGGCGGGAAGAAGAGGAGGCGGGGCGCAGGGACAGGCGCCGCUCCUGGCUGCCGGCGUUUCCUCAGCUGGGGCUGCUGCUCCCUGCGUGAAAAGGGCAACAACAGCCGCCGCCUCGCCGGGGAGAAGGAGCUGAGCGGGGCUUCCGAAGGAGCCAGCCAAGCAGUCGUCAGCGCCGGCGAGGUAGAUGGUGUGCGCGGUAGCUCGGGAGGCGCCGGGUGCUUGCCAGCAGCAGCUCCUCCUCAGCUGGUAUCAUCUCUAUUCCUGCCCGCCGCGGAGCUGGUGGCGCUUCUUUGCCUCCCUCUGCCUGUCUUCGCCUUGCAGGCAAAGGCCUUUGCUUGUGUGGAAGAAGACGAUGACGAUGACACCGUUGCAUGGAUGAUUUUAUGUAAUUUACACUUGCUAGAUUUGCAAAAGGCAAUUAUCAUUGUGAAGUGUUUACACUGAUUUAUGGGAGGAAGGUGGCCUAGGAGAGGGAUGCUGAUAAUAUCAACACAGUGGAUUAAAUGCACAUUUACACCUUUAUUGACACAUAUAUUAUCCAUGCCAAGAAUGCUGGUGGAGCAACAAGGAAGAUGCUGGUGAAGCAAUGAUGUGGCACAGACUGUUAAAUAUGGAUUCAGCUCUGCCAACUCCCUAUAACGCACAUCAAUGGAUUUCUACAUCUGAGCUAAAAUAGGGAAUAAAGGGCUUACAGUGCUUGUCUGUUAAGAUAAUUAGCAGAGAUGGCAAACCAGAGAUCUGAAAGGAUUAUAAAAAACAAGGAAGAGAUUUGAAGGUUCUCUCUAUUUUUCGUUUCACAUUAAUGUUUUCUUAUUCAUACUGUGGAUUUUGAGGAAAAAGCUUCAGGAGACACGCAGGAUAUUUGUUACUGGGAAAUGG